AUGAAUAACGACCAGUUCAGAAAGCUCCUCAACACACCGGCGCGACAGGAAGGCGCAAGUAACAGCCCACGGCCGAGUGCUGUGCCCUCGUCACUGGGGUCAAAACGCUCCUCCUUCAUGCCCAUGACGCCGCGCUCAGUCCGAGGUGUCUCUGGAAACGAUUUCGCCCGCCAGGUCGCCGAGCGCAAUGCCGCAAAUCAGACUACAAAGAAGUUCAAAGGCUCUGCCGCCCCGAAAGGAUCUCGACUAGGCUCAGGCUUCACCGACCGCACGCAGAACCGCUACGAUGACGAGGCUGACGACCGAGCUGCCCGCAUCAAGGCUCUAGAGGAACAAGUCAAACUCGGACAACUGGAUAAUGCAACUUUCGAAGCUCUACGCGAUCAGAUUACAGGCGGCGAUGUUGACGCUACACAUCUGGUAAAAGGUCUCGAUCGCAAAUUGCUCGAGCGCGUAAGGAAGGGCGAAAAUGUGCUUGGAGGAGCAAAGCCUGCAGAAGAAGAAGACUUGGAAGACGAAUUCGAGAGGUUCGAAGAGAAGGAAGUUGCUCGUGUCGAACGAGAGAAGAUCGCAAAGAAGGGACAAAUGGCUCCCCCACCGCCUGUUGCUGGUGCAAAGAGAUCUAGAAAUCAAAUUCUGGCUGAGCUCAAGGCACAACGAAAAGCACAGGCUGAUGCCAGAUUGGCUGCGAGACCUGAGUUAGGCGACAGAUUCCGCGAUGUUGGUUCGUCGCGUGCAAGUUCGCGUGUCGAGGUUGAUGCGAAAGGGCGUGAAGUCCUGAUCACAACUGACGAGCACGGCAACGUCAAAAAGAAGGUCAGAAAGGUGCAGGUACCGAUUGAAGAGCCGACUGUAUCAGCUCAAACGCAUAAACUCCUCGACGAGGGCGUCACAAUGCCGCCGCCCAAGCCGAUCGAGAAACCUGUGGAAGCACCCAAGGACGAUUCGGACGAUGACAUCUUCGACGGUGUCGGCGAUGCUUAUGAUCCGCUAGGUGGCCUGGGAGACGAUGACUCUUCCGACGACGAAGACGGAGAGUCCACAGCAUCACGCAACUACUUCAAAUCCACCACAACCACGACCGACGAAACUUCAGAACCUCAAGCACCCCAAAACCCCUUCAACGACGCAGCCUUCCUUGCCGCCAUCAAAAAAGCUGGUGCUCUUUCAAACAUCUCCCUAUCCCUCAAUGCUUCCUCCGAUGACCCCUCAGCACCAGAGUCUGCCGAAGCCAAAGAAGCUCGUCUGCAAAAGCGAGCCCAAAUGCUCGCAGCCAGCGAUCGUGAUCUUGAAGACAUGGAUCUCGGCUUUGGAUCUUCAAGAUUUGGAGACGAAGAAGAGGGAGACGAUGGAAAGAGAAUCAAGUUGUCGACUUGGAAGGGUAACGGAGAUGAUGAUGACGAUGAUGGUGAUGAUGGAGGUAGCAAAGAGAAGAAAAAGAAGGGCAGAAGAAGAAAGGGAGACAAGAACAGUGCUGCAGAUGUAUUGGGUGUGAUGGAAAAGAGAAAGGAAGCCGGAAAGUAG